AUGGUGAGCAUAAAUGUCCUGGCUGAUUCUCUGAAGAGUAUCAACAAUGCCAAAAAGCGAGGCAAACGCCAGGUCCUCAUUAGGCCGUGCUCCAAAGUCAUCGUCCGGUUUCUGACUGUGAUGAUGAAGCAUGGUUACAUUGGCGAAUUUGAAAUUAUUGAUGACCACAGAGCUGGGAAAAUAGUUGUGAACCUCACAGGCAGGUUGAACAAGUGUGGAGUAAUCAGUCCCAGAUUUGAUGUGCAACUCAAAGAUCUAGAAAAAUGGCAGAACAACUUGCCCUAG